GAAAGUCCAGCAGUCUCUCACUCAGUGCGUACAACUCGACUCACCAAGAGCUGCGUCAACCGAUCGCGGCGAGGGGAUGUUAGAGAAAAUCGCUAUUUCUCAUAAGUGAUUUUCUUUCUCCCUUUCAGCAAGCUGCUGAAUAUGCAAUGCUCCUAGAGCGUCAACAACAUGGCCCUUGAAUGACUUGGGUGGCUAAAGCAUCGCGUCUUUGAUGGCUGUGUGCAAGAGCCGGUCUUUGAUGGCGUUUCCCUCGACGCAUUCCCAACAACCGUCGACGAGCUGCCACAAUUCACAUUACGCUCCGCUCGCCCAACAAGAAACACAACCGGACAAACCAAUUGGUUAUGGAGCGUUCGGCGUAGUGUGGUCUGUGACGGAUCCAAGAAAUGGAAAGAGGGUCGCUUUGAAGAAGAUGCCGAACGUUUUUCAGAGUCUCACUUCAUCGAAAAGAGCCUACCGGGAACUUAAGAUGUUGUGUUUCUUCACACAUAACAACGUACUCUCUGCUUUGGACAUAGUUCACCCUGGUCACAUAGAUUUCUUUCAAGAGAUACAUAUAGUUUCAGAAUUGAUGCAAUCAGAUUUGCACAAAAUCAUUGUAUCGCCACAACCACUUAGUUCAGAUCACGUUAAAGUUUUCCUAUAUCAGAUUCUAAGAGGACUUAAAUAUCUUCACUCUGCUGGGAUAUUGCAUAGAGACAUUAAACCUGGAAAUUUAUUAGUCAAUGGCAAUUGCCUUUUAAAAAUAUGUGAUUUUGGUCUUGCUCGUCUUGAAGAACCUCAUGAAAGUGCAAUCAUGACACAAGAGGUUGUUACUCAGUAUUACAGGGCACCUGAACUGUUAGCUGGGGCUACUAACUAUGGUCAAGCAGUGGAUGUGUGGUCAGUCGGGUGCAUUUUUGCUGAGCUCUUGAGUCGAAAUAUCCUUUUCCAAGCACAAAGUCCUGUUCAGCAGCUUAACCUUAUCAUUGAUUUGUUGGGAACACCAAGUUUGGAUGACUUAUGCCGAGCUGGUGCCAGCGAAGGAGCUACUAAAUACAUUCUUCAGAAAGGGCACAAGGCACCUGCCUUAGCUAGUUUAUAUAAUCUCUCUAAUCAAGCAACACAUGAAGCUGUUCAUUUGCUCUGUAGAAUGCUGGUGUUUGACCCUACACAGCGUAUAACUUGUACAGAUGCAUUAUCCCACCCUUAUCUUGAUGAAGGAAGGUUAAGAUUUCACACAUGUAUGUGCAGUUGCUGUCACACAACAUCAGAUGGGCGGCAGUAUGUUUCAGACUUUGAGCCUGUAUGCCAAACAACUUUUGAUGAUUCUUAUGAAACUAAUCUCUACACCAUUUCUCGUGUGAAAGAGUCUCUUUACAAGUUUAUAACAGAUCGUCAUCAGAACACCAUUCCUUUGUGUAUCAAUGUAGCUUCUCCUUCUUUUAGAAGUUUUCAAAGUUCUGGAGUAGCUCCACAGCCAGAACAGCAGAGUUCUCCCCAGUUGUGGUAGUGGCUAUCCUUUUUAUCAACUAGUCAUAAAAAUUUUAAGAAUCAAGCUUCUUAGUUUUGAAGGGAAGCAGAUUUUCCAAAUCAAGACCAUUUGUUAACAGUGUGGUGUGGGACUUCUCCAGGAAUUCUUUUGAUCCACUCCAUUUCUUUGCAUAUAGGUAAUAAGAAUUUUAUAGGAACGGUGGAAGAUAUUAUCAUGUAUUCAAUAUUUGCAGCUACAUUCAUCGCUUCAGCAAAUUGUAUAGGCCAAAUUAUCAAUGAUUUAUGAAAAGGACAGUCCAUUUUUGUCUGAGAAACAAUUUUCCAGUAACUUUUAUUGCACUGGGCCUUCAUGUUGUAGUUAAGACUAGAGAAGUUGACAUGGAGGGCGAAGUUUUAUUGUUUAAUGAUUUCUGUUGAGUUUUAAAAUGUUCUAGACUUUACAGGGUUUAAAAACUCUUUGAAUCAAGGGUAAGCAAAGUGUAAUUUCCUCCAAUUAAUUCUUACACCAUUAAAUAGAGGAUAUAACAUUUAUCAGCUGCAUUGUAUUGUCCUGAUGCAAUUGAGUAUUAGACAUUUUCAAAUAAGUAACUGGCAGAUGUUAGCAGUCAAAGGUUAUGUGACUUGAAUCGAAAGAAAAAUGAAUUCAUCAUAAAUGAUUGUAGGAACUUCUCUGGUACAAUUUUAUGGAUUUUUUUGGAAAUUUUUCUUAGUGGACCUUGCUAACUGUGUUGGAUUAAGUUUAUCCCAUUUUAACCAUUUAUCAGAUAAACUAGUUCUUUGCUGCUGCUGCUGUUUAGAAAUA